UUAUUAAAUUGUAAAUUGUCAAUUAAUUAUAAUAACAAAAAAAGAAUGAAUUUGAAUAAAAAGUGUGUUACAUUAAGUGAAGUGAACGACAAGUUCACAAAAGAUGUGCUAAUAAAUAUCCUCUCCAAAAUAUGCAACGAAAAAGAAGUGCAAUUGACAGAUUGGAGUUUUAACGAGGGAUCUGCUAAAGGUGAUAAUUAUUUAUCAAAUAUUUACAAGGGCAAAGUGAAUGGCAUUAUAAAUGGCGAUCCAAAGCAACAUGUGCAAGCGAAUAUUGUCGUAAAGUCAAUGCCAAAAAAUCCUGGAACACGAAAGACUCUCAGAUGUAUAGACUUCUUCAGUAACGAAAUCGUUUUUUAUACGCAGAUUAUAUCCAAAUUUGAAAACUUUCUAGCAGAAAAAGGACAAACCGAUCUAUUAUGCAUACCACGUCAUAUAAUCUCCUCCACAGAUAGCGAAAACGGUUUUCUAAUUUUAGAAGAUGCUUCUUGCUUAGGAUUUCGUGCCGUCUCACGACGGAACUGUCUAGAUUGGACAGAAUGUUUAGCUGUCUUGAAGACAUUGUCCAAAUUUCACGCGAUCUCGUUUGCGUACAAAGAUCAAAAAAAGGAAGAGUUUGCAAAAAUGACAAGUGCUUUAAAAGAAACUCUCUUCAGCUACGAACAUUGGGACUGGUACAAAGGGUAUCAUGAAAAGGUACAAGUUCUAAUUAAACACGCUUUAGCUACCGAAUAUCCCAACAGCAAAGCUGAGAAACAAUACAAUUCUUACAAAUUUGGUGCUCUCUUUAACAAGUGUACAGAACUAUGUAAUAGAAGAGAUGCUCCUACAUCUAUCGUAGUGGAGGGUGAUUGUUGGAGUCCAAACUUUUUAAUCCGUGAUGACAUUGGAAGAAAUCAAAAGCAAGCAUUGAUGCUCGACUUUCAGCUCGCACGUUGCGCAAGUCCUGUCAUAGACCUGUCAUUUCUAAUUUAUGCUUGCAUUCUGAAGUCACUUCGUGAUCAAUAUUUUGAUAAGAUAUUAAAAACAUAUCAUUCUGAGUUGAGCAAUGCCAUUAGAUUACUCGGAUCUGAUCCAGAGAAACUUUAUCCAUGGGAUUUAUUCAUGAAAGAGGUGAAGGAGCAAUUUGUGUUUGGUGUGUUGGCUUCGCUUGACGCUAUUCCAUUAUGCCUAAUAGAUUUAUCUGAAUCAUUUACCAUAGACACUGUUGUUGAGAGUGAUGAAGCAAUAGAUGUUAGUGAUGCGAUAUCAUUUUCUUAUCUUACAGCAAUCGGAAGACAAAGACUAGCGGAUAUCAUAGUUCACGCUGUUGAAAAAGGAUACAUAUAACGAAGAAAACUUUACUAUAAGAUCAUUAUUUGUGUUGUAAAAUAUAAUUAAAACAAUUAACAAGCGGAUUAUUCGAUAUAAUUCAAUAUAAGUUUUCUUCCUAUAAGACACAAUAUUCUUCGAAUGUUAUAUAAAUAUUAAAAAGGGAAUAAUAUUCAUUCAAUAUUCUAGGAAUAUUGUGCUUAUAGGAUUGUGUUGAUACACUAACCAAUUUAUGUUAUUUAAAUAAAUGGAAUAUUUUUAAUUUC